AUGAGUACUGUUUGUAAAUUACCUGGAUGUGGGAAAAAUGUUUACCCGGGACAUGAAUUUUGUUCACGUUCCCAUGGUUUAAUGUUUACAUCAAAUAAACCAAUAGUUAAUAGUCCGCAAACACCUGUUUCUAGUAACUCCAACACUACCACAACAUGUAAAUUAUCUGGAUGUAAUAAAGUUGUUUAUUCUAGUUAUGAAUUUUGUGGAAGAGAUCAUGGCAGACAAUUUAAUUCAAAUAAUGCUCAAAAUGGUGCAUCACCAAACCAUAACUCUUCGAAUCAAACGCAAGCCACUAAUAAUUCGAAUACUACUCCAAUUUGUAAAUUAUCUGGUUGUAAUAAAGCUGCAUAUCCUGGUUAUGAAUUUUGUUGUAGAGAUCAUGGCAGACAAUUUAAUUCAAAUAAUGCUCAAAAUGGUGCAUCACCACACCAUAACUCUUUCGAAUCACACACAAGCCGCUAG